AAUUGUCAUUUUACGUCCGCAUUGUACACUCAGCCAACUCAAUCAACGUUGUGUCAUCUUCGUUAUUAUACAUACAAACGUAACCAUGUUGCCUCUCGUACCUAUCAAUCCACUUCUCAUCAAUUCUUAACGUUCAGAAUCUCAGCUUCCCUUCCGCCUGCUUUGACGCCUGCCGUAAUUCACACUGCCGGAUGUGCUGCUGUAAAAACAAAUGCCGGACCCUGUCGUGCGAUUUCGCUGUUACCCUAGAGACAGCCAGAAACCAUCGCGCUCGAGCCGGGUUGCGCCGUGGGAUGAGGUCGGUCAGUUACGUGGAGAGAGUGGCACUGGACUUCAGCGGAAACCUGUUCACACAGGCCAUCUGCUUGGGAGACACCGACAACGACGGGUUGAAUGAGCUUGUGGUAGGGGAUACCAAUGGGAAACUCUACGUGUAUAAGAGUGAUGACUGCAAGCCAUGGCUUACCCGAUCUUGUAUAGGAAUGGUUACUUGUGUUGGUGUAGGAGACAUCUGCAACAAAGGGAAGAAUUUUGUUGUAGCUGUUGGUGCUGAGGGCUGGUUCCAUAUCUUUGAUCUCAGUGGGAUAUCAACCAAAUCAGAGACUUCCAGUCACCAUGACUUCCUCUUUGGCGAUGAACAGAAAGCAUUUUUCACACAGCACAUCCCCGCUAACACCAAAGUGAUGCUCAUCAGUGAUAUAGAUGGAGAUGGAAAAUGUGAAAUGGUAGUAGGUUACACGGACCGUGUUGUGAGAGCAUUCCGUUGGGAAGAUUCCUCUGAUGGUUCUGGGCAGCUGGUGCUACUAAAAAAGUGGCUUCUGGAAGGACAGGUAGAUAGUCUUACUGUGAAUCCAGGAUCCGAUGGGACCCCAGAACUAAUGGUCUCACAGCCAGGCUGUGGAUAUGCAGUUCUGCUGUGUACCUGGCGAUUGGAUCAAGAGAGGAUACCAGAAAGAGAUCCAUCUGGUGUCUCUAGCAGUGAGGGUCUCAUUCGGGAUGUUGUCCUUCACCAGACUUCGGGCAGAAUUCACAAUAAAAAUGUUUCCACUCAUUUAAUUGGUAGCAUCAACAGAGGAUCCAGUGAUGAUUCAUCCAAGUCUGGCUUGUUUGCUCUUUGCACAUUGGAUGGUACCCUGAAGUUGAUGGAUGGGUCAGACAAACUCCUGUGGUCUGUUCAAGUGGAUCAUCAGCUAUUUGCUUUGGAAAAGUUGGAUGUAACAGGUGAUGGACGAGAGGAAGUAGUGGCCUGUGCUUGGGAUGGUCAAACCUAUAUCAUUGACCAAAAUAGAUCUGUUGUCCGGUUUCAGUUUGAUGAGAACGUCAGUGCGUUUUGUGCUGGCAUUUAUGCAUGUAAAAAUGAUCGAAAUAGUCCCUGUCUGGUGUAUGUCAGCUUCAACCACAAAAUCUAUGUCUACUGGAGGGUAGAGUUGGAGAGAAUGGAAUCUACCAAUAUGUUAAAGGUGUUGGAGACCAAUGAGUUCCAUAACCUACUACAAGGAACAUCAGUGGAUGUAAAUAACAGCAGUGCUGUUCAAGCCAUGCUACACCAGACACUCUACUUUCCUGACCAAAUUUCAGGACAUGCCAACAAGGAGGAUAAGCUGCACAAACCAUGUUAGUUUGGACUGUCUGUUGAAUCUUAAACUAUUGAGGUGAAAAGUGGCAAUUAACUGCCGAUGUAUUAACUACAUCGAUAAACUAACAGGACUGGCUUCUGAUUCCUCCAUGUCACAAUGCUGAGACCUAUGGAUAAACAGUUAAGGACAAUUUUAACCAAAGGAGAAGUACAUUAUGGUUAUGCAACAAGUAAAUAAAACUGAAUUCUACAUCAAUGUCAAUAUUUGCAGAGGAAUAGCAGCCUGAACUAAUGUUUCUCUUGUUAUAAAUAGAUUCAUAAAAGUGAAUAGCAUGUUUUAUCGUUUUAUUUCCCAAUUUAAAACAUCUGAGUGCCAUGAAUUGUGUAUGUCCUAGCAGAGAGCAUGUGACAGGAGAAAGAAACAAGGCUUGCAAUGCAGUUUUAAUGAACCACAAAGCCUUAAGGUGCUCUGCGAAAUGCAAUGCUCUGUUUCCAAGUCUUGACCUUGUUCAGAUAUUGCCAACUGUUGGAAUCUUCCAAAAGACAACUUCUGUGUUCAUCAUUCAAAAUAAAGACGGUGGCUAGGUUCCUGAGCUGGAAGGCCCAGGGCACUGGACAAAGACUUGGCCCACUAACAGAGGUAUUAACUGCCAAGACCGACAGUGGAACCCAAUGGCCUCUAAUAUGAAGGUGCCUUGAGAAACUGAAUUAGUGUUUAAAAUUUCAGAAUUCCGGUAACCUGUAGAGCUGUGGAAGGGAAAACCCCUUAUACAGGAAAGGUUGAGAAUGAAGCUGUAUCUUUAUCCUUCUGCAUGUUCAUGUGACCAUUGACAGAGGCUGAUUGCUGCCAGCCUCUCAACUGAAUGGGGGAGUUAAUCUGACAUCAGGAAGAUCCUGGCAAUGUCAGUAAUUUGCCUCCAUUAAUCUAAUUGUUCCGUUGACACCACCUCCAGCAUUACUGCAUGGAAGCAGGAACUCUAGAGAACCCAUUUGAUGCAUAAGUUUCCAAUUUUGCUUCCAGUUCCAUCUCUUUGUGAUUGUGAAAUUUCUGAUCUAAGGAUUGUUAAAUGAAUGUCCAGACCAAGAUGGGUUUAGCAAUAAAUGGAGUGCAAAGGAGAGUAGGUUGUAGAUCUAACACUUAAGAUGUCAAGUUACUCUAGAGUAACAACAUAUGAAGGGCCAAAGUUUUCAGUAUUCUGCCAUUGUAAUACAUCCCCAACUUCUUUUCAGUCUUAUCUGAUCUCGUUACAGUAUGAAUACAUCUUUUGGAGAACAAUCAAAUAUUGAAAAUAGCAUUUGAGAAUAUGCAGAGUGCAGAAUUUCCAUUAGUGAACAAAUGGAAUGAUAUCUGCAGGGGAGAAAAUUUAUUAGAAAAUAGGAACAUGAGUAGGCCCUUUGAGCCUGCUCCACUAUUCAGUCUGAUCAUGGCUGAACAUCCAAUGCAAUACCCUUUCUUCCUAUAUCCUUUUAUCCUUAAGAACUCCAAAUAUAACUACUUUUUUAGGACAUUCAAUGAUCUAGCCUCACCUGCUUUCUGUGGUAGAGAAUUCCAUAGGCUCGCCACUCUCUGGCUGAAGAAAUUUCUCCUCAUCUCAGCCCUAAAUGGCCUAACUUCUAUCCUUAAAAUUGAUUCCUGACUCUGGACGCCUUCUUAUCAGGAACAUCCUGUAUCUGCUCUGUUUAGCCCUCUUAGAAUUCUGUAGAUCUCUGAGAUUUGAUGACAAGUAAGGCCUGCUAGAAAAAGAUGGUUUAUCUUAAGAUGGAUGAUUUUUCCAAAUGUGGUCAGGGGAGAAAACCAUCACUUGAAGUAUAUAUAGAGAAAAUUGGCCUGAGAGGUAACCUUAACCCUAACACACACAAUUCCUGGGCAAGUUACUCAGGUGAAUCUCAAUUCAAACAUUAUCAAACUAAAACAGCCCCAGCUUCUCCAAACAGAUCAGUUAUGAUCCUAUCAAAUGGCAAAGUAGACCUCCUCUGCUGCUAAUUUGCAUGUUUAUAUAAAAAGUGAAGGAAAUGAACAUGUUAAUGUGUAAUGUUACAUAAAAUAAAAUUUAAAGAAUGGGUCAAAUUGAAA